GGUAAGCAUCUGGCGGGGGGUGGGUUCCAUGCGGUUCGAUUGCGAGCAAUGCAUCAAGUGAGACAAACAGCAAAGCAAGGACAAGCAUACCUGAGGGAACGGGGUAAGACCUUGUUUGACAGCGGGGUUGAAUCCGCCUGGUCAGUGAAGACAGCAGCGAGCGAGAGGGACGUCGAUAGGAACCAGAAAGGCGCGAGGGGAUGAAGAAGAAUGGGGGGAAUUUUAUUGGGUUGGCAGACCGGCCAAGAUCCACCGGAGUCGCAAUUGAGUCGUUGACUCACUCGUUUUUUUCCGCCCUUCGUAUUAUUUUGCCCGUUCCCGCUCCGAUGUCGUCGCGCCCGCCCUGCAGUUCACCCUCCAGUGCCUCCACCGGAGUAACUUCAGGGCCUGCAAUGGCCACUCAAUCUGAUGAUGAGCUGACUCUCGUGUUACCUUCUCGACGAUCCAGUAAAAACCGCAGGAUCACGUCAAGCUGUCCAAUAUUUACAAAUCCGCGAAUCCUCCGGGCGGGUGAGCCUUCACGAUGCCCAGACUCCCCGGAUCCGAACCACCUGAGGCAUCUAGAGGUCUACAGUUACAUGGUUGGGGCAUUCUUCGUUCGCAUCGCGCGCGAGUCUUUUCAUUGAUGUACAAAUCAAUCCCAGAAUUAUCCAAUUGAACGCCGUCCCGUUGGCCUUUUCUCCAGCCCCCCUCACAUAGUCAUAGAGAACAGACAACUCUCACGAA